AUGCAGCCAGCAGAUAAUGCCACCCAUUUAGCAUCUGCCACGAGGACCUGCAGCCUUGGUCCGGAGUCGCCGCAGCGCAGCCUGGAACGGACAUUUAGUGGACAGUGGACAGUCUAUGACACGACGAUGAUUACCGGGAUGCUGAAGUACUACUCCUACUACUCCUACUACUACUACUACUACUACUACUACUACUACUACUACUACUACUACUACUACUACUACUACUACUACUACUACUACUACUACUACUACUACUGCCACUACUCCUACAUAGUACAUAACCACAUGCAUACUGGAGUUUGCUUGUGUCUUUCCGCCCAUCUGUGGGUUUGUUGCUCUUGGAGUCAUAUCUUGCUCGGUACCGAAAAGUGUGCUGCGAGGACAAGGACAGCUUGCCAUGGUUCUCAGCCGAACAAGGACUCUCCAAGAAUCUGA